AUGUUGAGCACGACAGCCACGUCCAUACUCAGUUCACUGGACACCCAGGCCCGUGACGGGUGGGGGACAAUAUGACGGGGAAAGCCUGGUGCUUGGUAGGCCGCACGGAGGAAUUUUGUCAACGGAGUCGAUAUUGAUAAUCAAAAGGCAAAAUCCCCCAGAAUUGCCCAUACUGGCCAAAUUUCAACUCGUAUUGAGGGAACGCUAGUUAAAAUGUCUAGAGAAAUUGCCAGACGUAAUUAAAACACUGCUCACCUGAAAACGGAACAUGUAUCUUUAGUCCGUGAAAGGUACAAUUCUCCCAAGUGCUGGAGGAAGGCGGCGCGCAAAUUACGCAGGACCGGGGUUCGCGUGAGCGCGGCCAAGUCUAUGUGCACGAGUACGUACGCAGGGAGAGGCUGCGACGCAUGGCUUGCCACGACCUUUAACCUCUUCAUCUCUCGGUUCCUCAUAUCCGGGGUACUCCUCCCGCAAUCUCAAACAAUGACAUAGUACGGUUUUUAAACAUGUCAAAUCAAAUCAAAUUUGAUUUGCCACAUGCGCCGAAUACAACAGGUGUAGACAUUACCGUGAAAUGCUUAAUUACAAGCCCUUAACAACAGUGCAUUUAUUUUUUUUAUAGAAAAGUAAAAUAAAACAACAACAACAAAAAAGUGUUAAGAAAAAAAAUGCAGAAGUAAAAUAUAAUAACAGUAGGGAGGCUAUAUACAGGGGGGUACCGGUGCAGAGUCAAUGUGCGGGGGCACCGGCCAAUUGAGGUAGUUGAGGUAAUAUGUACAUGUGGGUAGAGUUAAAGUGACCAUGCAUAAAUAAUUAACAGAGUAGCAGCAGCGUACAAAUAUGGGGGGGGGGGGGGGGGGGGGGGCAGUGCAAAUAGUCCGGGUAGCCAUGAUUAGCUGUUCAGGAGUCUUAUGGCUUGGGGGUAGAAGCUGUUGAGAAGUCUUUUGGACCUAGACUUGGCGCUCCGGUACCGCUUGCCAUGCGGUAGCUGAGAGAACAGUCUAUAGCUAGGGUGUCUGGUGUCUUUGACAAUUUUGAGGGCCUUCCUCUGACACCGCCUGGUAUAGAGGUCCUGGAUGUCAGGAAGCUUGGCCCCAGUGAUGUACUGGGCCGUACACACUACCCUCUGUAGUGCCUUGCGGUCGGAGGCCGAGCAGUUGCAAUACCAGGUGGUGAUGCAACCAGUCAGGAUGCUCUCGAUGGUGCAGCUGUAGAACUUUUGGAGGAUCUGAGGACCCAUGCCAAAUCUUUUCAGUCUCCUGAGGGGGAAUAGGCUUUGUCGUGCCCUCUUCACGACUGUUUUGGUGUGUUUGGACCAUGAUAGUUCGUUGGUGAUGUGGACACCAAGGAACUUGAAGCUCUCAAUCUGUUCCACUACAGCCCCGUCGAUGAGAAUGGGGGCAUGCUCAGUCCUCUUUUUUUCCCUGUAGUCCACAAUCAUCUCCUUUGUCUUGAUCACGUUGAGGGAGAGGUUGUUAUCCUGGCACCACACGGCCAGGUCUCUGACCUCCUCCCUAUAGGCUGUCUCAUCGUUGUCAGUGAUCAGGCCUACCACUGUUGUGUCGUCAGCAAACUUAAUGAUGGUGUUGGAGUCGUGCCUGGCCAUGCAAUCAUGGGUGAACAGGGAGUAAAGGAGGGGACUGAGCACGCACCCCUGAGGGGCCCCCGUGAUGAGGAUCAGCGUGGCAGAUGUGUUGUUACCUACCCUUACCACCUAGGGGCGGCCCGUCAGGAAGUCCAGGAUCCAGUUGCAGAGGGAGGUGUUUAGUCCCAGGAUCCUUAGCUUAGUGAUGAGCUUUGAGGGCACGAUGGUGUUGAACGCUGAGCUGUAGUCAAUGAAUAGCAUUCUCACGUAGGUGUUCCUCUUGUCCAGGUGGGAAAGGGCAGUGUGGAGCGCAAUAGAGAUUGCAUCAUCUGUGGAUCUGUUGGGGCGGUAUGCAAAUUGGAGUGGGUCUAGGGUUUCUGGGAUAAUGGUGUUGAUGUGAGCCAUGACCAGCCUUUCAAAGCACUUCAUGGCUACAGACGUCAGUGCAACGGGUCGGUAGUCAUUUAGGCAGGUUAUCUUAGUGUCCUUGGGCACGGGGACAAUGGUGGUCUUCUUGAAACAUGUUCGUAUUACAGACUCAGUCAGGGACAUGUUGAAAAUGUCAGUGAAGACACUUGCCAGUUGGUCAGCAAAUGCUCGGAGUACACGUCCUGGUAAUCUGUCAGUGUUAUCUUUAUUUUGCUACCAAGAGUAUGUUUAUAGCCCUUGUCGUUUUGGAGAUAUACUCUAUUCGAGGCAGGCACUUUAGCCAGGUGCCUAGUGAUGAAGAGGUUAAGUGCAUGCAAUGUAUUAUUAUUUAUGAAUAGAUUCAAGGUGCAUUGAUGUACAUUUUAAUAUUGCCUUCAAAUUCAUGCUGGGAUAAAAGUUACAUAAAACACAGUAGUACAAUAAUACAGUAGUGCUAGUGCAGACACGAUAACACAUGUAGUCCAGAUCAAGGUUCUUAUGACAACGUUUCAGUUUUGUUUCCUCAGCCUGAUGAACCCUUCCAUGGUAGUCCCUCCCCCUGUUACCUAGGCAACAAUCAGUGAAUUGCUUGAAUAACCAGUCUGUACCAGUGGCAGACUAGUCACAACAUUUUCAGAAAGUAGUGGAGAGGGAGGACACACACCGUAAAUAAGGUACUAACUUCAACGUGUGUGUGUCUGUGUUAUGAAAAUUAUUAUCUGGUGGUGGAUGUUAUUAGCAACAUACUUGUUUGAAAACGGUUUUUUGAUAUUGGUUUUAUUACUCUACUUUGAUGCCUGAAUAUCACCUCUCUCUCUCUCUCUCUCUCUCUCUCUCUCUCUCUCUCUCUCUCUCUCUCUCCUCUCUCUCUCUCUCUCUCUCUCUCUCUCUCUCUCUCCAUCCCCCCUUUUAUCUCUAUUCCUACAGUUCAAGAUGGUGCGGUCUGUCAGAGAAGAAGGUAGUCGGCUGAGCACCAUAGAAGACCUGAAAGACUCUGGCUUCGGCCGUCCUCCCCCCCGACACGGCCUCAAGCUCCUCUUCUGGUUCGCCAACGAGUGCGUGGCGUUCAAUCACAACGGCAACAUGCUGGUACAGUGCCACCCUGAGAGAGGCGACUUCGGCUUCCACUACUUUGGCAACUUCGAGAAGAUUCUCCCAGUUCUAUUGCGAGACCACAGGGAAAGCUACUUCGAGGUGGGCAACCUGAACACAGAGACCUAUUCCAAAGCCGAGGACCUACCGGACUACGUGAGAAAGGACUAUGGGCUAUCCCUGGGCUACCGCCAAUGCAACAAGGACCGCAUAAUCAUCAGGCUGAGGCAGGGGGACGUGACAGCCACCUAUGUCACCGAGCACAAGGAGGACGGCGGCCGGGGGGAGUUUGACUCCGAACGCACCCACCUUGUAAAUCCGGAUUUGAUCCGCAUCAUACGGGACCCUGAGCUGGAGCUUGCGACAUUCCUAGACCAGACGGGCUACAUGGGGCUGUCGCUGAGAGAGCGCCUCCUCAGAGCUUUCAAGGUCUUCAUCUUGUUUGUGGUCUUCCUGGUGAUCGCUUCUAUCAUUUUGAGCAUCUUAGGGAAGUUGUAGAGAGAGGAGUCUGAUGUUAGCCAUUGUGCAUUUAUAGGUUAAGUACAUAGGUCAUUUGCCAUAGUGUUUUGGUUGGUUAGGUCAUAUAGCCCAGUAAAUACAAUGGUUAUAUUAUUUUAUAAAUAGUAAAAUAGUUAUGUUAUAAAUAGUAUGUUAUUAGGCCUAUUUGUAAUAUAGGAUAUAUCUGUUUAAAAACAUGAAUUUACAUGAAUGGCAACUUUCUUUCUGUGACUAUUUUGAAUAAAAAUCAAAGAAGAAAAGAAGACUAAUUAGCCAAUGUCUCUUGCUGUUGUUUCAUUAUAACAAAACAUGUAAUCUCUCUUGUUGUUUCAUUAUAGCAAAAAUCGGAUGUCAUCUCAGGGGAGUAUGACUCCGAACCCCCAGAACGAUCAGGUCCGGACCAGAACACCUGGGAUGAUUUGGUUCGGACCACUUGGGAUCCGGAGCAGCACCAGACCACGUCCCAGUUGGGACUAUCGCUGAGACAAAGGUUCACCAGCGUCUUUGUAGUCAUGCUAGUGGUCCUCCUGGUCAUCACUUUGAUCGUUUUGGUCAUCUUAGGGAAGUUGUAGAGAUAGCAGUUAUUGUAGUUGUUGUGCUGCUGUUGGUCCAUCAGGGUUGGGGUCAAUUCUAUUUCAAUUCAGUCAAUUCAGGAA